AUGGGUAUUUGCGCCUUGUGUCUCGCCAUUCCUGUAGAGCCGAUUCUCAAUAGGGAUCUUGAGGAAUUUUCACAUGUUCAUCAUCUUUCAGUGAAAGGUCUCGAGAUAUCCGCAACAAACUGUCACAUAUGUGCCUUAUUCUAUGGUGCUAUUUCUUCCACUCCAUCUCGUAACGAAGGGCAGAAGACUUAUUUGAAGAUAGACCGAAAACAAGGGGCUUCUACCCAUCUUAGAAAUCCUAUUUCCUACCAAGUGGGAAGGGAUGGACAGUAUGGCACACCACCUCGACUAGUAGGGACGCAGCAAAACGAUGAUCGUUAUACAAAGUACCUUGCGUUGACACAUUGUUGGGGAAAGGAAAUGCCAGAGGCUGCAACAACAAAAACCAGGACACUUAAGCGGCGCUUGCUCUCUAUUCCUUUCAAGACGCUACCUCGAACGUUUCGUGAUGCGAUCACUAUUACUAGACGUCUCGGACUACAAUACCUAUGGAUUGAUUCUUUGUGCAUUGUUCAAGACUCUCUGCAGGAUUGGCAACAAGAAUCAGCUAAGAUGGGAAAAAUCUAUUCCCAUGCAUACUGCACGAUUGCAGCAGCGGCAGCAACCAACUGUGAAGGGGGCCUCUUUGCAUUACAUAGCGAGCUACCAUUGCUUCCUCAAGCCCCCAAUCAGCCUGGAAUUCUUUUCAAGACUCCUUAUCCCGGAUGGGACAAUCUUUAUAGCAAAAGUACACUGAUCCAAAGAAGCUGGACCCUACAGGAGCGUGAACUUUCGCCCAGAAUUUUACACUUCACUAAACACACCUUGCUUUUUGAGUGCCGAGAAGCUCGAAUAUCCGAUCAUACCCAUGAACUGAAUAGCAACAAAUGGGCUUUGAAAUCUAGUCUUUCACGAUAUGUCUUGAACUCAAGUGUAAGGUGUCUCGACAAGAUCCACGAGGGUCGUCCGCACCACGAUGUAGUAACUGAAAAGUGUCAUGAACUUUGGCGAAAGAUGGUACAGGAUUAUAACAACCGUAGACUCACGCAUCGCUCCGACAAGUUCCCGGCGCUUUCUGGUCUGGCUCUCGAAUUUGCAUAUCUUUUGAAUGACGAAUAUGUAGCUGGGUUAUGGAAAAAGGACAUUGUCAGAGGUUUAUGUUGGAAAUGGUUAUCAAAUCGUGCGAGGCAACAAAGUACGCAUAACUAUGGACCAUCAUGGUCUUGGGCCAAGAUGAAUGUCCCGAUAACGUAUGGCCUUCUAAGAGAAGACCGGGUCUUCGAAUCGAGGACCAACAGAGGACAAUUUGUUCAUGUACCAGUAGACUCACGAAUUGCUGAUCCGGAAAUUUUACACAUUAGUAUUGUGCCCGAAGGGGAAGACCCUCGUGGAACUCUUAUCUCAGGGAGAAUAUACCUUCGCGGGCAAUUGCUUCAAUUACAACGCUCUAAAACUGGUGACUAUUCUAUAGAUGUCGAAUCAUUACCAAUUAUAUUUGAUCAUUUACCCCAACCACCGGUAGACCUAUAUUUGAUGAGCUUAGGGCGAACAAAUGUAGGACUAGUUCUACAGGUAUUUGAACAUAGUAGCAAGGAAUACAAUCGAGUAGGGGUAAUUGCUCCAACGGAAUGGGAAUGGUUCAAAGAUAUCAAAUUUGAAAAUAUAACACUUGUCUAG